AUGAAUGAUGAAACACCCAGUGCCACUCAUACUGGAAAAGAGGUGGUAGAACCUAUACCAGAAUAUACUGCCGAAGAAGAACGCACAGAUAAUCGGUUGUGGAGAACUGUUGUUAUUGGGGAUCAAGAACAUAGGAUUGACAUGAAGGCUAUUGAACCUUACAGAAGAGUUGUCUCUCAUGGGGGUUACUAUAGUGAAGGACUCAAUGCCAUCAUUGUGUUUGCAGCAUGUUUCCUGCCAGAGAGCAGUCGACCUGAUUAUAAUUAUAUUAUGGAAAAUCUCUUUUUGUAUGUGAUCAGUACCUUAGAACUCUUGGUAGCUGAGGACUACAUGAUUAUUUAUCUCAAUGGAGCGACUCCACGACGAAAGAUGCCAGGUUUUAGCUGGAUGAAAAGGUGCUAUCAAAUGAUUGACAGGAGGUUGAGGAAGAAUCUGAAAUCAUUUAUAAUUGUGCAUCCAUCAUGGUUUAUCAGGACGAUUCUUGCAGUCACUCGACCAUUCAUUAGUUCGAAGUUCAGCAGUAAGGUGAGAUAUGUCAGUAGCCUGGCUGAGCUGGAGGAACUCAUCCCCAUGCAGCAUGUUCAGAUUCCGGAGACUAUCAGAAAGUAUGAAGAAGAAAAGUGUAUAAAAAGAAGGAUGAGGUUGGAUGAAGAACUAAAAGAAGCAUCAGAAGCAGCAAAAGUUAGCAGACUGUCAAGUGAAUCCAAAACACCUUCAGGGGAACAGCAAGUUGAAACAGCACUCGAUAAACCUGUGGAAUAACAGUGAGCAUGGACUUCCAACUACCACUUACAGUUUUAGAUUCUGACUAGCAACUGAACCAGUUAUCUUCCUACAUUAAUUAUUGACUUAACUGUUUACACGUUGGUUGUUCAUGUUUAUUUUAUGAAGUGUUAUUCUGUGAGUCAUGCAUUGGGACAGUUGUGCCUGUGAAUAGAAUGUCAAAUGAUGUUGUAAUAAAUGGCAAUAAUAUACAUCUAGUUCAAGACUUUAAUUUCAAAAUAAUUAUCAAUCAGAAACACUGCAGCAGCAUUGCCAUAUUUAAAGGAAAUCUCCAAGUGUCAAAUUGCUCCUUUUCUUCCUGCCUUGUUCCAGUGAGCAGUAAAAUAAUCACGACUUUUUGAAAUGAGACUUUUGCAUCCAGCCAUGACUGGAGAAACCGUAUAAUUGUCAGGUUUAUUUGGAAAAUCUUUUCCUGCUUUACAAGCGAAUGAAAGAAAAAUAGGUCUUUAAUUCAAAUUUCAAAAUGCUUAUAUUGAAUUCUUGAAAGGCAACUUUAGUUUGACCUAUUCUGACAGAGCUUAAACCAUGUAAUGACCACUUUCAAUGUUUUCACUUUCACAUUUCACGAGUGCAUAUGAUUUAUUUUCAAUUGAUUCUGUUCUGGAAAGAAGGAAACUUACUGUCAAGAAGCAUUUAUAAACUUCUUAAGAUUUAUUUCAACGCUUCUGUCUGUUUCAUUUAAGAGGUUGGAAUUUCCUGUAUUAUCCAUACCAUGUCCUGAUCACUUGAAGGAGGUUCAGAUCUGGCCAAAGGUUCUCCAUAUUUGUGCAGUGAGAAAUGAUGAACUGGUACUUUAAUCAGAGAUAGCAUUAUAAAGAAAACUCCUUUGCUUAAUUCCCUCACAAAGCCAGUAGUUCCAAGCAAAUUAAAUUCUCUCUGAACUAGCCAUUUUUUCAAACACAGUCAUGCACUCUUAACACCAGUAAUCCCUUCCUAAUGUUGUGUAGUUACCAAAACAUGUCUAUUACUGUACUGGGACUGAAUGUCCACUUUUAAACAAUUGUAAUGAGAAACAACUUUGUUCGUGCCUGACCUGUUUUCAUCCUUUGUUUUUUUCUAUUUCACCCUUUGCUUUUCUAUUCAAAAGCAUUCCUAAAAGUUUAAAAAAAAAAUUAUUUCAUGUUUCCCUCCAAGACACACAACAAUCAUCAUCACUAGUUCAAAAUCCUGGGCACCCUAUUUAACAGCACUGUGCUGUGGGAAUCUUUCUCACAAACUGCAGCAGUUCAAGAAGAAAGUCUGCUAUAUUGUCAAGGGCAUGUAGGAAGGCACAAUAAAUGCACCAGUCCUGCUAGUGAUACUGACAUACCAAGAAUGACACAGAGAGCAAUGACAAUGAAAAUAGAAGUUGCUGGAAAAGCUCGGCAGGUCUGGCAGCAUCUGUGAAGAAAAAAUCAGAGUUAAUGUUUCGGGUCCGAUGACCCUUUCUCAGUUCUGAGGAAAGGUCACCAGACCCGAAACAUUAACUCUGAUUUUUUUCUUCACAGGUGCUGCCAGAUCUGUUGAGCUUUUCUAGCAAUUUCUGUUUUUGUUCCUGAUUUACAGCAUCUGCAGUUCUUUCGGUUUUUAAAAAAGCAAUGAAGUUGUCCAAUUUGUUCAGCUUUACCAUCUUGCUCUUCAUUGUGAAUUUGGAUCUUUGGUAUGCACUAACUUCAGAGCAAGGUGUUCAUUAACAUUAUUCUUGUGUAGAUUUAGUUUGUCAGAAUAUAUUUUCACUGUGAAAGUUCCAAUUCAGAAACCUCAAUUAAUGUCGUAUUUGUUGUUAGAAUCCUCAGUACAAUUAUAUUUUCCUUUCUACUGAGUUUGAUAAGUUACUGGCAACGGGAUUUAUUCCAAAUUGUUUCUUAAAAUGAUGAUUCAUUUUGAUUACCUAGUUUGUUCUAUUUUUGCUUUUUUUUAAAAAAAAAAAUGGGUAGUUUAAGAAUUUUACAAAAUAUGCACAUAUUUUUGUUGUAUAACUCACUUAAUUCCAAGUCGGUUUAUUUUGAUUUUUUACACUUUCUAUUAAUGCGUUAACUCUGCAAUAUAGAAUGGAGAUUUCCUUUAACAAGAAAGCCAUCCACACUGAUGGUUGCCAAGAAAUCAGUGACUUCUAAAGUUAUAUUUUUGAGAAUGUCUUAUUUCCUAAACCCUUACUUUAAUAAUGAGAAAAGUUUCAAUGCAAUAACCUGUAACUUUAAAUGGUAAUUUUCGUGAGCUUCUGUUGUGUAAUUUUUAAAGAAUUAUGUGAUGUAUUAACUAUUUCUAACUUUAAUGAGUCCUUUGGCCUUGAGUGUUCUUUAGCUUUCUAAAAGAUUAUGAUAGAUUUCCAGGGUGAGUGAGCCAUAGUCAAUGUAAACUAAUAAUAUGUCAAUUAUGAAAAUUGUUGCAUCCAAGUUUAACAUACAAUUAUUGUCUUAAUGAAUAUGUAUAUAUAAUUUCUAAAACUUCUGUAAUUCUGUUCUGCACUAUUCAAGAUUUCUACAAACCUACUUUAAUUAAAGAACAGCAAGAAGGAUGCAUUUUGCCCUGACAAGGCUUUAAGUCCCACCUAGAAUUGAGAUCAUUGUUUUCAUGGGGGAAAUCCCUGGUUAAUUCCAUGACCAAAUCACUUGACCAUUGAGUGCAUUGCCCCUUCUAUCGUUGGUCGUGGUUCCUCUUCCUGACUCACCCCUUCUAGUAGCUUAUCAGCACAAACCCUCAACAGUCAUUACUCAAUGAUUUAUUUGUGUCAUUUAGUAGAUUAUGGGGGAGUUUCCAAAUUUUUCCCCCAGCCACGAAUCUGCUUCCUUGGUGACAGAACUCCAUUCCGAUAAAUAAAUAUUGGUGAUUCACAAAAUUUGUUACUGAUAUGUGUUAAAAUAUUGAACAAAUUCUGAAAAUUGUAGAAGAGUUGUCUUCACUAGUAAAUUCUAGAUAUUUUGCACUCCCUAAAUUCAUGGUCAGUAGAUUAUGGUAAGCAGAAACACCUUAAUUUUUUUAUUGUAUCAUGUCAAUGACAUUCUCUCAUGUAAACAGUGUUAGAAAAUGUAAAGUAAUUAACACAUGCAAGUCAGAAAUUGCCCAUUACAUUUUCAGUUGUUUUUUUCUAUUAUAGUUUAUGUAAAUUAUUUACUCUGUCAUACAGCAUAGCUAAGUGAGCCAUCGAAUGGAUGAACUCACUUUUUAAUAGGAUUUAAAGAUAAACUACCUAAAGUGACUGCAAGAAAGAUUUUUUUCUUUAUUCAUUAACAGGAUGAUGGCAUCACUGGCUUGGCAGUAUUUAUUGCCCGUCCCUAAUUGCCCAGAGGGCAGUUAAGAGUCAACCACAUUAUUGUGGGUCUGGAGUUACAUGUAAGCCAGACCAAGUAAGGAUGGCAGUUUCCUUCCCUAAAGGACAUAAGAUGAAGGUGUUUGUAAAAGGGCAUGUUUUUCUCAGUGUCAAGCAACGUAACAAUCUCCUCCUUUCUGUGCCAUAUUGGCUGCACGGAAUUUCAAAUGGUUAAAUUUCAGAUCACAGUCAAAUUGAGCAAUGCUAUUUCAAUGUGGAUUUGGACGCGGAUACUUUUGAAUCUAAGUAAAACACUGUGUAUAUAUGGGAAUUUAAGAUGUCGAACAGUUAACAAACAUGUGCAUGCUAGGGCAGAGGCUACAGCAUCACUAAAGGAGAAAUCAGUACCUUGUAGUAGCUGUAUCUGCUGCUCUGUUUGCCUAUAUGUAAAACAAUGCCCUCUGCUAUUGUAUCCCUUAGGCGUUAUUACUUUGACAAAUUGUUGGCCAUUCUUUAUGUAAGAAUAUGAUGUGAAACUUUACAUAUUCUUAAAAUGGUAAUUUGCACUAUUAAAUGCUGUGAUAUCCUUUA